AUGGCCACUGAACUCUGCCCCGUCUAUGCGCCUUUCUUCGGUGCCCUCGGCUGUACCUCAGCCAUCGUCUUCACCUGCUUCGGUGCCGCCUAUGGUACCGCCAAGGCUGGUGUCGGUGUCUGCGGCAUGGCCGUCCUGCGCCCUGACCUGAUCGUUAAGAACAUUGUUCCCAUCGUCAUGGCGGGUAUUAUUGGUAUUUACGGACUGGUCGUGUCCGUUCUGAUCGCGAACGAUUUGACUCAGAAGCUUCCCCUGUACACAGGGUUCAUUCAGCUGGGAGCUGGUCUGGCUGUCGGUUUGGCAGGUUUGGCAGCUGGUUUUGCCAUUGGUAUCGUCGGAGACGCUGGUGUCCGCGGAACAGCCCAGCAACCAAGGCUCUACGUCGGCAUGAUUCUGAUUCUCAUUUUCGCUGAAGUCUUGGGUCUUUACGGUCUCAUUGUGGCUCUUCUUAUGAACUCCCGUGCCAGCAUCGACGUCAAGUGCUAA